UCAAGAGAGCCAAGAGCCACGACGCACAAAUCAGCACUGCUCUUUCGACUGAACCUGCAAAUCCUCUCCAAACCCCCAGCCAGGAGCGCGCGCCGCGGGGCCCCGGACGCCGGCGAGAUGGCAGCAGCGGACGGAGGCGGCGAGGACUACAUCAGCGAGCUCCCGGACGCCCUCCUCUCCGUGAUCUUCUCCCUCCUCGGCACCGCCGAGGCGGCCCGCACCGCCGCCCUCUCCACCCGCUUCCGCGGCGUGUGGGCCGCCACCCCGCUCCGCCUAGACGACCUCGACCUCCCCGCCCUCGCCGCCCUGGGACUGGGAGGAGGAACCAGAACCACCGCCUCCUCGUCCCCGAUCGCGCCGUGGACCGCGCGCGCCGACGCCGUCACCCGCGUGCUCGCCUCCCACCCGGGCCCCGUCGCGCUCUUCCGCCUCUCCCGCACCUCCUUCCGCGGCCGCGUCGCCGCGGCGGAGGCCUGGUUCCGCGAGCUCGCCGCGAAGCGCGCCAGGGAGGUCGCCCUCCUCUGCGCGCCCGAGUGGUGCCACCUCGCGCUCGCCGACCCGCUCCUCGGCUGCGCCACCCUCGAGUCCCUCGCCCUCGGCGAGUGCCGCGUCUCCGACCGGGGGGCCUCCGCGGCCCGCCUCACGGAGCUCACGCUGUCGAGCACCCACCUCUCCGAGGCCGCCCUCCAGAGCGUCCUCUCCGGCUGCCCCGCGCUGCGCACCGUCAUGCUCAAGCACGUCGAGGGCCCCCGCAGCAUCCGCGUCCGCUCUUGCCGCAGCCUCGUGCUGCUCGGCGUGUGGCAGUACAAGAACCUCGAGGAGCUCACCGUGGAGGACGCCCCCUGCCUCGAGCGCCUCCUCGGCGACAUGCGCCUCACCGCGGCCAUCAACGUCUCUGGCGCGCCAAAGCUCACCGCUUUCGGCUAUGUCGUGAUCAGCUCGUCCAAUUUCCUCCUCUUCGACGAGGUUAUUGAGAAGGAUGUCUGUAAUGGUUUGCGUGCUCCGCUUCUGAGCGUGAAGAUUCUGGCUAUCAGUGUAAAGUUCUCGAGCAAGAAUGACAUGGACAAGCUGAUGAACUUGCUAAAUUUCUUUCCUUUCGUGGAGACAUUGCACGUUCAGGCCUCUGAUACAAGGUUCGAUCUGACUCAGGAUAGCACCGACACUGUUGGCUCAAGCUACCACGAAAAGCUUGAUCACAUUGGGUGUGUCAUGAACCACCUCAACAGCGUCCGACUGGAAAGCAAAGUUCACAACAUCUACAUGCUUGAAUUUGCAUGUUUUCUCCUUGCUAGAGCACAGGUGCUGCAGCUCAUGACGAUUCAGUCUAAGGUGUUCAGCACCCCCCAAUGCGUUGCAGGUCAGCAAGCUCUGCUCAACCAAAGCCACGUGGCCUCCACAGAAGCUGAGAUCGUGUUUGAAGACAUGGAAAGCCAUGAUCUCGAGCACUUGAGCUUAGAGCUUGCGAAUACUCUGCCUGAUCCCUUCGACACCUAUCAUCGCUGACUACUGAACUCGCUCUAAAUGUUUGAGCUUUGAGGUUUCACUCAGAAGAUGACUGCUAUCCAGUAUUCAUGAUGCUGUUGGCUGCUCUUUUUGUCGUGUUUAGUUGCCUUUCUGAAUCUAGAUUAUGACCUAGUAGGAUGCAUUUCAUGCUGAAGAGUACUGUAUUUGUGAUGCCACUGGUAGGCUUCUGUUCUUUCCUAUGUUUAGUUGAAUUUCUGAAUCUACACUACGACUACUGAGUUCUAUGGUUACAUUUUGAAGAUUGCUGACCUGUAGACUGUAGUGUUAUGUUGUCUCUGAAUCUAGACUAUAAAUUGCUUAAUUUAUGUUUC